CGACGCAGUGGUGGCGCCACGUCCCCUGCGGCGGCGGGAGUGGAAGCAGACCUGAGGGCGGCUCCGGGAGGCCAUGGCCUUUACCCUGUACUCGCUGCUGCAGGCGGCCUUGCUCUGCGUCAAUGCCAUCGCCGUACUGCACGAGGAGCGCUUCCUCAAGAACAUUGGCUGGGGAACAGACCAGGGAAUUGGCGGCUUCGGAGAAGAGCCAGGAAUUAAAUCUCAGCUAAUGAACCUUGUUCGAUCUGUAAGAACCGUGAUGAGAGUGCCACUGAUAAUAGUAAACUCAAUUGUAAUUGUAUUACUUUUGUUAUUUGGAUGAAGACCAAUGGGAGAAACGGAGACUGAGACGAAGAGAUGCCAGCAGAAGUUAUUACUUCGGUCAUUAUUGGAAAAUAGAUAGCUGGCCAACCUCGCGCUUGACAAAAACGUAACGCUGACAAUAAAACGAGAGUUCUUAUUUAUCUGAUUUUUUUUUAAUGUUGCACUUCUAGUUUCAUUACAAAAAGAUCAGAUUAAUAUAACAAAGACGGUAACUACCCAGGAUUGAAAUACAUUUGAUAGCUGAUUGUUAAUAAUAGUCCGUCCUGUGGUAAAGAUUGGUAAAGGGUACAAGACUGUCACAUCUAUGUUUGUAGAGAUUUUUCUAUCUCAUUACUCAGGGAUGAAUUUUUUUUUUCAAAUUUUUAAAGUUCCUUAUGACUUAGCUAUGAUGUAAGAGUGAUUAUCCCUGAGACACAGUUUAAAGGCAUUUUUAAAAGUAAUUACUACAUACAAAAUGAUAAAUAAGUAAUUUGAUAAUUUUAUUUUGAAAUUUUUGGUUAAAUAUUUUGAGUAUAGCCUCAGCUAUGAAAGAUUUAAAUUUAUAUUAACUGUUAGGGAGAAAUACUCCCAGAUUUCAGGGAGAAUUCUAAUUUUCUAAGUCAGUGCAUCACAUAAUUUGAAGAGUGUGUUUUUGUUUUGAGUUUUUUUUUAUGAAUUUAUUAAUUUUCCUGAAUGAUGAGAUUAGACCAACAUCUACAUAUUUUCACUGGUAGAAAAACCUGUGUAGAAAAGUCUGUGCCCUUUUACAAUGAUGACUUAUUUUUUAAAGUCAGCAUAAGUGUUAGCCUACAAGAGUAAUCCUAAACAAUCACAAUUAAACUAUGCUGUAUAAGAAGAUAAUAUUUAUUGUGAAGCAUUUGACUUCCAAAAAAAUUAUCCCAUGUUUCCAUCUCUUGGUGGAGUAAGAUAUUAUGAUGUGAUUCUUAAUUUUUCAUUCUGCAUGAUAAAAGAGCAUUUAUGCUGAAUAAAUUGUUUUUUUUUUUGCUUUGUUUUUAUGUCUUAGACCAUCCUGUGAGGUUGUUUGCUCAUUCCAUAAUACAGUUUUAUGAAAAAAGUUAAAACUAUGUAAAUAGUUUUGUGGAAAUCAUCAGUUACAGUAUUUUGAAUGGUUGGAAUGACAUCUUUGUUUAUAGGAGAACAUUUAUAAAUAAAGUUGAAUUUCCAAGUCAA